AUGGAGAGCUUGUAUUUGUGGGUUAACCUCCUUGCUGGACUCUUGCUGUCAGGAAUCUGUGUGAGAUCGUCUUUUGCUUUUCCACCCAAACAUCACACACAACAUGCUUCAAGACCUCAGAUCACCAAACACCCGGCGCACAAGGCUGAGGGCCGAGUGCAGGUGAACACCGUCAGAGUGACCUGCCAUCCAGACUCGUUGGAGGUUGUGAUCAAAGCUGACUUGUUUGGAUUUGGAGCUCCUGUUAACGGUGACGAGUUGCGCCUUGGAGUGGAGCACAAUGACUUCUGCAGAGCAACGGUGUCUUCAAGAGACGUGUACAGAAUCAUUGUUGGACUAACAGACUGCGGCACCAAACACUGGAUGACUGAAGACUCGCUGGUCUACACGAACCUCCUCAUAUUUUCUCCUAUGGCCUCUCCAGAUGGGCUGAUUCGACUGGAUGAGGCUGUAAUUCCAAUUGAGUGUCAUUAUGAAAGGAAGUACAGUUUAUCCAGUUCUCCACUCAUGCCUACCUGGAUCCCCUUCAUGUCUACUCAGGCUGCAGUGGAAACAUUGGACUUUGACUUGAGAGUUAUGACAAACGACUGGCUUUAUGAAAGAAGCUCUAAUGUGUUCUACGUCGGUGAGCCCAUCAGCAUCGAGGCCUCCGUCAGAGUUGGACACCACAUGGGGCUGCGAGUAUUUGUGAGCAGCUGUGUGGCCACUCUUUACCCAGAUAUAUACUCUGUUCCCAGAUACAUCUUUGUUGAAAAUGGGUGCUUGGUUGACUCCCAGCUUCCAGGUUCAAAGUCUCACUUCUUACCCAGGACACAGGAUGACAAGCUCCACUUGGUCAUUGAUGCCUUUAGGUUUCAUAAUGAGGACAGAGGGGAGCUCUACGUCACAUGUCACUUGAAUGCUGUACCAGUAAACGAUGCCGAGGCACCAAACAAGGCGUGCACUCUCAUAAAUGGAAGAUGGAGGUCAGCUGAUGAUAAUGACUACUUAUGUGGCCACUGUCAAAACCUAAAUGACCUUGGCCAAACCCACAACAAGCCCAGCAGCGUUGGCAAGUUUGCUCCUCGUGGGUUUGGGAAGCCGGCUGAUUCCGAAACCUCCUGGAGGAGCGGACUGAAGACCAAUAAAGUGUGGGAACAGGAGGCAAGAGUGGGUCCAAUGCUGGUUUUGCCAGGCAUGCAGAGAAGUGGGCCCAUACCUGUGGAAGAGCUUCCUCCUGUUCUCAAUAAAAUCAGCAGACCUGCACUGUAUGGCAGCCAGUGGAGGAGUGGAGUGAACGACAGAGGAGUUGAUCUGCAGAAAGGACUGCUUCCAUCCACAGCAGACCAGGUGGAGCUUCAGACUGUCGCUUCUGAACAGAAUAAAGACGUUGAAAGUGGCACAGACCUCAAAGAAAGUCGCGUUGCCGCUCCUGUGGUCGCCUCGAACUCGAAGGCGGCAGCAGCGGUGGCCAACAACAGCACAGCGGCCCUCGGUGACGUCAGGCCCACUGCUCAGUUCACUGUGAACGUGACAAGUGCAACUGCUACACAAUCUGCCCUUUCAGAUACAAAUGACCCAAAGAGAUAA